UAUAUGUGUUUUCGUGCAUACUGCAUGUCGAGUUCCCGAUUUGUUUACGUACUAAGUUACUAGUGUUGGAACGUUAUUUUAAUUAAGGCAUGUCAUUAACUGUUCUUAAGUGUCAACACGCAUAAUGGGGAGGAAAAUUCCAGGGAAGAAACACAAAGGAGUGAAAGAUCCACUACAGCAGUUAGCCAAACGCAAUCAGAGUCUUUCAGCAAAAGUCAAUGCACCACCAACUCAACCAGAUGAUCAGAGUGUUCCAAAAAGUUUAAUACGUCUUAUGAAGUUAAAAGAUGAUGUUAAACAAGGAAAAUUCAAGCACAAGAAGAAGAGGAAGAAGCGGAAAGGUGGGGAGUGGCUUAUAGACACUGAAGUGCUUGCUGAAAAAGACCACAAAGUACCUGGUAUGACGCGGCCUGACAAACCUGUGCCACAUCUGAUUCAGAGACCUGGUGAAUCAGAGUUCCACUUCUUACGUCGAAUAGAGCAAGCUUGUCAUGAAGUAAUAAAAGAAUCCCAGUUUGAGGAUAAAUUUGGAGUAAAUGUUAUAAGAGAUACAGAUACGGGUGAAGUGGUUAAUGUUGUGAAGAAACCAAAGGAUCCUAUUCUUGAGUUUGAUGCAGCAAAGAAAAAGAAGAAAAACAAUGAUAGUGCAAAUGCCAGCGACAGUAUGUCGAAAACAGCUAGGAGGCGGCAAAAAAAACUGGAGAGGAAACAAUUGAAUAACAGUGAUAUGGAAAGAGAUUUUGACAUGUUUAAGGACAAUGUGAAGUUUGGAGAGGUUGUCAGUGAACCUCCACAGUUGAAAGCACCAAAGGGAAUCAAAAGCAAUCCACUGGAAUCAAAGCCUGGAAGAAAGGAUCUAUUAUUGAAGACUUUUCUGGAGAACAAGUAUGGUACAACAACAACAACAACAUCAUCAUUGUCGUCAGCUAAGCUGGAUUUGACUGUGAAAAGGAAAAAACUUCCUGCUGCAGAACUUCGCCAACUUGAGCUUCAAAGGCAGGCAGCUGUUAAUGCCUACAGGUUUGUCAAAUCAAAGAAUCUGGAUAGACGGCCUCUGGCACUGUUAGAAAAAUGAAAUAUACCAAAAUAUUUUCAUAUUGACAAUAAAUUAUACUUUUUUACUUAAAA